GCGGCCGGUGUCCUGUGUUGUGUUUCAGCUGUGACGUGCGGAGCUGGACACAAGAGAUCAGGUUAAAAUCAGUUGUUUAUCGUCAUAUAGAGUUGUCUCUUGUACAGAGCCGGGUCGUCAAUAACUUGGUCAGCACAAAAGGCGAAAGAAAAACUAGGACAAUUUGAUGACAAAGUUGGCUGACAGGAGAUGUGUGCUGCUGUGUAUGUUCUGUCAACGGUAACGGGCUACGUGCUCACCUCUGCCCUGCUUUUGAAAUGCCCAAAUCUAUUGCACCGGAGGAAGCGAGAGACGUUCAUCAGCAGGCACAUUUCCCACCGAGGAGGGGCAGGUGAAAACCUGGAAAACACCAUGGCAGCUUUCAAGCAUGCUGUGGAUCUUGGCACAGACAUGCUGGAGUUGGAUUGCCACCUGACAAAAGAUGACCAGGUAGUGGUUUCCCAUGAUGCCAACCUGCAGAGGGCCUGUGGCAUCAACGCCAACAUCUCUGACGUUGCCUAUGCUGAACUGCCUCCAUACCUCUGCAAGCUAGGAGUGACUUUUCAGAGGGAGUGUUACUGCGAUGGAGGAGACGACAAACGCAUCCCUCUGCUCAGGGACGUUUUUGAUGCAUUUCCAAACACCCCUGUUAACAUUGACAUCAAGGUCAACAAUGACACGCUCAUCAAAAAGGUCUCUGAGCUGGUCGUUAAAUAUGAGAGAGAGCAUUUGACUGUCUGGGGCAACGCCAGCAACCAGAUUGUCAAAAAAUGUUACAAAGAGAAUCCUCAGAUUCCAGUGUUGUUCAGCCUUCCCAGAGUACUGCAGCUGUUAGGCCUCUUCUACACCGGCCUCCUGCCCUUUGUUCCCCUUAAAGAGCAGUUCCUAGAGAUCCCCAUGCCCUCUAUCAUCACCAAACUGAGAGAUCCUAACAGAUUAAGCAGGAGUCAGCGAUUCAUCACCUGGUUGGCAGACUCUUUACUGAUGAGGAAAGCUCUUUUUGAUCAUUUGACCGCCAGGGGAAUACAGGUGUACAUUUGGGUGCUGAAUGACGAAGAGGACUUCCAGAGAGCGUUCAACCUGGGAGCCACGGGAGUUAUGACAGAUUUUCCCACCAGGCUCAAAGAUUUCAUGGACAGGAAUGGCAUUUCUAAGCCCCAGUGACCUGCCAAAAUCUACCUCACCCCACUUCACCACUGAUUAUGUUUCACCCUGACUGACCUGCCAAACCAGCCCCCCACCCACUUUUACUGCAUGCAUUCCAGCUGGGCUUCUUUCACUGUGUGUUACAGUCAGGAGGGCUCUCCCAGUUCUUCUGUGCCCAGUACUAAAUGAGGAGCCUUCUGUUCUACGGCUUUUUAUUGGUAAUACAAACCACUAUAUUUAUAUCACAUCACAUACCAUACCAACAUUCUUAAAAUUCCCAUAUGGUACCUGCUACAGAUUAGUGUUAACUCUCUUUGUUCCUUUGCUACAGAACUACACACUUGCACAUGCACAACAAUAUCCAUUACUGUAUCACACCUAUUUAAAAUCACAUAAUCUUUAAAAGCCAAUCUAAAGUAUGGGCCGUCAAAUGAUUUGCUUGGAAUGGUUAUUUGUUUUGAAUUUCUACAUACAGACUCUAAGUAUUUUUUACAAAGGUUAUUUCUGUAACCUUUGUUAUAAAAAGCUUAAAAGCUUAAAAGCUUUUUAUUGCUUUUAAGUGACAGUAUUACUGUGUUGUAGGUGAAGUAUUGUACUUCUAAGAACACCAGCAUAUGCAGCUUGAUGUCGGCAUGUUAAUUCACCAGUUCAUCAUUUUGUCAUUGAGCACAUGCAGUAAUAUACUAGCCUAAGCAGUUGUCAAAUACGUCUCUGUAUCAGAUGCCACCACAAAUUAAAUUUGAGUUUUUUUUGGUUUUGAAAGUGAGCAGUGUGACAGCUGAGGUGGGCAUCAGCACUUCUCCUCAUCUAAAGGAAGUUUAGGCAGAACUAGUUAAAUUUACUGUAGUAACCUCUGUUUCUCUUUGCUGUGUUGUGAAGUUUCUUGUUAUCUAGAUUUUUACUUGAAUCAAAUGAUAUGAGUGACAUUUUUUGUCCUCGUUUGCACAAAAAUAAGAAACUUCCUCUUGUGUUUUCCACAUGUGUCUUUGUGAUUGCAAACAGAUAUGAAAUUUAUAUUUAGCAAAUAUUGCCAUUUCCAAUAGUUAAAGUAUUUGAGCGACCCAGUUGAAGGCAGAGAUGCAUUGAAUAAAUGUUUCACUGCACUGGUCUUGAAAUGCAUUAAACAGUGUUCCAGCGAUUCUUCUCUGUAUGAUUCACAGUUUGAUAGACCUUUAAGAUGAUCCAAAUUGCAAAAAUGAAUGUCCUUUGGGUUGAAUGUAAUAUAUGUUGAUUGGUAUUUAAAAGAAAUCAUUUGAUAUACUUUAAGUUGGUUGUAAGGCAUUAUUAGUGCUGUCAGUGAGUUAAAUCUGAACAUGUGAUUAUUUUUUUUACAUUGUUUUCUGAAUUAAUUUAUCAUAUUUCUGAUAUUGUGAAUUUAGAUUAUAUUACCUGACUUUCAUUUUGCAUGCUCAAACAAAGCUGCCAUGUUUGUAAAUGUUCUGUCAGUUGAUUUGCUGAGAGUUUAUUAAAAAGUAAUGUUUUUUUGUUUGUUUUUUUAUCAAUAUCAAUAAACACUAGGUGUGUUGUAAUAUA